AUAAAGACGUAGACCGGAAGUUGGUGUCGGAGUCUGGGCUUGAGUUUCCACGAUGGCAGCGCUGCCUCUCGGCUUUCUGCUGGUUAUCCUGCAAGCCUUGCUGUGCUUUUCUGACGACGUUAAACUAAAACCCAAACCUGCGAGCAAGCCCGUUCGACUGUUUACCGAGGAGGAUUUAAAGAACUACAAUGGACACGAUGAGGGGAAACCUGUUUAUAUGGCUGUAAAAGGAGUGGUGUUUGAUGUAUCAAAGGGAAAAGAGUUUUAUGGGAAAGGUGCCCCAUAUAAUGCCUUGGCAGGAAAGGACUGCACCAGGGCUGUAGCAAAAAUGUCUCUGGACCCUGAGGACUUGACACAUGAUACUACAGGACUAACUGAAGAACAGCUGCAGUCUCUUGAGAGUGUGUUUAAAGACACGUACAAAGCCAAAUACCCUAUUGUGGGCUACACCGCCAGACGAAUCCUCAAUGAGGAUGGCAGCCCCAACAAAGACUUCAAGCCUGAAGAUCAGCCCAAUUUCAGCAUCAAAGAUGAGUUUUAAAAACCAGUCAGUGAUAUCAGAAUUUUAUUCUGCCUAUAGAUGUUUCAUAAUCCUUUUCCCAUUUGGUUCUAUGAUUUUUACAACACUGUUGAAUGUAACUGCACUCCAGAUUUUUUUUUUUUUUUUUUGAAUUCUGUGGUUUUAUUGAAAGCACAUCCUUGUAAAAGUGAUUGCUGAACUACUAAACAAAAGGUUCUUAUUUGUAAAAGUCCUGGUUUUGUUAGGAUUUGUAAUUUCUACACUGUUCUAUGUAAAAUAGCUGUUAAAUUAUUGAAAUAAUUGAUGUGUUCUCUUUACUGCUGUUUCUAAAUACACUACAAUAUAUUUCCACAAAA